AAAAAAAAAAACCCUUUAAGAAAUGGCCAGUAAAACUACUCACUCUACUCACUACAAUCUCUCUAUAGUCUAUAUGCCAAAACAAAAUGGGCUCUUCUUCUGGGAACAAUGAUAACUUUCUCCAAGUUGUGCUCAAGAACUUUGACAUUCUUGCUUUGCCAUUAAUCUCUCUUCUUUAUCCUCUGCAUGCUUCAAUCAAGGCCAUAGAGACUAAGUCUCGUAGUGAUGAUCAACAAUGGCUUACUUAUUGGGUUCUUUAUUCUAUGAUUACACUCUUUGAGCUCACUUUUGCAAGACUCAUUGAAUGGUUCCCCAUUUGGCCAUAUGGUAAGCUAAUUUUGAUGUGUUGGUUAGUGUUACCACAAUUCAAUGGUGCAGCAUAUGUUUAUAAGCACUAUAUUAGACCAUACUAUAUGAACCCACCUCAUGCUGCUCAACUUUGGUAUAUUCCACGAAAUAAAAACAACAUCUUUCGAAAGCAAGAUGACAUCUUAACUGCUGCUGAAAAGUAUAUUGAACAACAUGGAACUCAAGAGUUUGAAAGACUUAUUACCAAGGCUGACAGAGAAGCAAGAACAAGGAGAAACAAUAACAAUUACACCAUCUUUGAUGAUGAUUAUAUGUAUUGAGUUAGCUAGUUUGUGGUUUGUCUAAGAUUUUAUUAUUAUUAUUAUGAUGUUUAAUUUAUAUGUAUCUAUAUAUCUAACUCAAGCUCAGAAUAUAUGCUACAUAUAUCAUCUGCAAUGUUGGCUUCUGUUUAAACUUUUAGGAGAAUGGAGAAUCAUGAAUAUGAUCUUUUCUUCUUUCUUGCU